AUGGUGGGGGCAGAUUUUCACUUUGGACUGUGUCCUGAAGAUAAACUUCUGAGCUCGCUGCGAGACACAACCCAGAGACUACAAAGGCUGUUACAUUCAGAGAGAACCAGGGGUGCUGAGGGGCCUGGGCCAGAGCUUGAGAAUGAAGACCCAGCAAGGGUUCUUAAGAAGCUUUUUUGGCUCCUGAAGGAGUGGAGUGUGUUGCACACACACAGAAUAGGAUUCUUACAAGGGGAACUGAACAUGACAGCACACAUACUCACAGAGCAAGAGAGGGAAUCAAAUACUGCAUGCAAGCUUCCAGAAAGAGACACUCAUCAAGCAUCACGAAUGGGCCUCUCUUGGGAGUCUAUUCCUCACAAGCAUGCUUACAUUGCUGAUGUCAUUCUAAAUGUGCUGGAAGAUGUGCAGAACAUUAAGCAGAGACUGUGUUCAGUCACAAGCAAACUUGACAGAGCUGUCAGCAUUCUCUCUGAAGCCAAGCUAGGGUAUACGGAAACUAAUACUGAAGCAAAAGAGGAGGAUAUUGUGAUUUGUGACAAUACUAUGGUUCAGAAUAACCUGGUCCAUUCACAAGCAUCCUCUGAAGAUCCUUGUGUCUCUCAAGAGACUUGCCCUCAAUACACCCCAAAAAUCUCACACUCAUAUACCCAGGAGUGUGUCCUUCAAAGUACCCCAAACACUGAAGCAGAAAGCUAUGCUUUGUCUGAAGGAAAGGAUGGUCAUCAAAACCCAAACCAGUCCUGUAAUGAAAGCCCAGUUGAGCUUGCAAGAGAUGUGCAGAAAAAGGAAGCCAUUCAGUAUGAAGUUGUGAAGAAUUCACAAAAUGAUGGCCAGGAACGUCACCAAGAAGCAGAUGGAGGAAUGAAGAGAGAACCACAAAAAGAACCAGGGGAAAAAAUAGUAAAAGCCAAACAAAGCAGCGGUCAUCUUGCACAAUCUGAGAAAGACUCUGUAAGCUGGACACAAAGCUGGGCUACAAUAGGUUUAGCAGACUCGGCCAGCUCUACUUCCAAAGCUGUUUGCUACAUAACUGGCCCAUUGGAAGUUAUAAAGGUCAUCACCUGUAUGGUAGUGGAUGGCCUUAGCUCUCUCGUGGUGUCCAGAUCAGAGGAACUGGUAAGCAGCGUGCUCAGGAUUAAAAAGCCCAGCAGCUCCAAAUGUGCCUCCUCGCCUCUUACCAUAGCUGUGCCUUUUCGGACUUCUUACCGAGGGAACUACCGUGAGAUCAUGGUGAAGGUUGUGGACCAAGAGCAGAGGGUCAGCUACAUCACUCCUGCAGCCACAGAGGGCAACUAUGGAGGUCACAGGGGUUCGUUUGCAGUGGUGCGGGUGUACACCCUAGGUGUGUUUGCGGUGAUGUCCCGUUUGCAAAGGGAGACUUUCACUAUCCCAAAGAGAGGUCUCUCUGUCAAACUCAGUGUGGACUCAAGAAUAUGCCUGGACUACCUGCCGGGAUCUUUCAACACACCAGUGGUUGCCCAAGCUCUGGUGCAGCCAGUGGAUGCUAUGCUGUUGUCUACGCUGAAGUGCAAGAAUGAUUCCUACCAUUCAAUCCUCACCACUAGCCCUCUACUUUACCUAAGUAACCCUUCAACACUAACCCCACGACGACCUUUAACAAUAACCCUGCCUUGUCCACCUAACCCUGACAAGAGGAAAACAGGAGAGGAUAGCAACCACACUUGUCCCAGCAGCACAGCCCUAAAGCUUGACACCUUCUCACCCCGUCGAAUCAGAGUUUUGAGUGGAUCACUGAAGUCGUCUAAAGAGCUGUCUAAAGAGCAGCUGGCUGUACUGGGCUGGAGAGAUAAGCAGUGGAAUAUUCUAGAUAAAAUCAGCGUGCGGAACCUUCAGAACGGCUUGGUGUCUUUUGAGCUCAUGGAGAACUAUGAGCGGUUGAUAGUCCUUCGUCUACUAUCUUCUGUGAGACCUUUCUACUUGACUUUCUUUGCUAAAGAUCUGGAGGAGUCAGUGAGUACCUGUGCUGUAACUGUUGUCCUCCACACCAAGGGGCAGGACCCCAGCAGUGCAGUCCUGGCUGUCCUGCCCAGUAGAGGGCUGAGCUGGGGGCUGGCUGAACUCCGAGCCCAGGCUUACUGUGGGCCUCCAGAGCCCUCCACUGAAUUCUCCAUGAGGGAGGGAGAGCAGCUGCUGUUGAAAUUCAGCGGGAACAUUACCAGUGCAGGUGGUCAGAGUGCUGAGCCUCACACAGUUACACUUCACACUCAGAGGAGGAACUGGCUCUAUCUGAAGCUGAAAGAACAGGACCCGUUUGGAAACUACAGCUCACCUCACUACAAAGGCACAGCUACUCUCUACAGGAUCCCCAGAGAUCAGCUGGUCUGGACAGGAGACAGAGCGGUCAUAUCUGAAGAUUACAUCUUAGAGGACCCCAUCUGCAAGCUGUCGCUCACUCUUCCAAAGACUGUGAAAACUCUGUCUCGACCAGUGACUACAAAAGUCUUGCACCACGAUCAGACAGAACCACUCUGUGAUGAGCUGGUAGCCUGGCUCUGUGGCAAGCUGUCUGAAGAGGAUGCAGCACUACUGGUCAUGUGCCUCCAUCUGCGCCGUUCUACUAUCCAGCUGGCCAGACUCCGAGCCCCAGACAGCUUCUCUCAGCAGACCUUCCACAUCCUGGCCACCUGGAGACGAGCCCUGCCCUCAUCCACACCAAAACUCCCCUUACUGGCCCGCUGCGUGACCCGCAUCGGCAGACCAGAGUUGGCUGCAGAGCUCCUAAGCAGAGGCUUGGUUGUGGAUGAAGGAGAGAGAAUUUACGGUUAUAAGAGUCAUGAAUUCAGGGGUCAGCCAGUUCCUGUGGUGGACCCACUAGUGGACCCACGGACCCACUCAGUGCGCAUGCGCGCCGCACCACUCCGCCAUCCGCGUGACUUUGUGGGCGUUGGACAGCCCGAUGACGUCACUGGAUGCCAGCUCCCGAAGCACGAGGACUCAUGCAUGCACGUACUGCAGGGCUACCCAGCCACGCUGCAACGUGACUGCCGAGACGCGUGCACCGACCUGCUCCUCGACCAGCCAAUGAGCGACGACCUGGGCGUGAAUAGGCGGGAAUUUGAGAACGCGGGCAGCCAAUAG